AUUCUGAGGCUCUGCCCUCCUUCGUGCCCACCAUCUCAUUUGGGGAGCUCCGGGACCGUGAGGGACCCUUGCAGUCCCUCGAGCUGAGACUAGCCGAGGCAGAGACUAUGAGGCAAGCCGCCCAUCGACCCAGGCCUCCUUAGGACCGCCCAGCCACCCAGCAACUGAUCGGCGGCAGCCAGCGGAGAGAAAAGCUGGAGAUAAAGGACCACAGUGGAUCACUGGGGAUCAUUCCCAGGAACUCCUGAGGACCCUUUCCAGGCAGAGGGGUCGUGAUGGGUGGCCAGACUCACAGACACUGAAAGACACACACCACUACAGAUACACGGGGCUUUACAACACUGAGACAGGACCGGCGACAGCAUCACACACUGCCACAGCCCUGCAAUACAGACAGCCCCUACCCCACGCCUAAACAACUGGUAAUUCUUAAAUAGGCACAGACAGUGACACAUAGCACCACCCUUCUCAACAUACAGAAGUCGGGGUAUUCAUCCUCCAAUCACAUUAAAACAUCACUGACCUGCAGGGACAGACCUGGAGGCAUAUGUACAUAUACCUUCAGCCAGACACUCCUGGUGGUGGCCUCUCACCCCCCCCCAACCCAGGGACACCCUUGCCCCCCUCCCCGUACACACACACACACACACACACACACACACACACACACACACACGAGAGAACCAUGAGCAAACCCCAGCUCCAGUCUGGCAACCCCGAUACCUUCUGAACCCUCCUUCGUGGGUGGGAAGAGCUCAGCCAACCUCUGAUGGAGCCUCAGAGAAGCCAAACGCUUACAGGGAGAAUGGUGUAGUCUGGCAUGACCCUUGUCAGUCUUCCCGCUUGCCUGGGUGAUGUCCCCAGGUCCAGGUUCUGGGACCCCUUGCCGAAACCAUGGAGCAACUGACAACCCUCCCACGGCUUGGAGACCUUGGAGCCAUGGAGCCAUGGGCACUGCCUGCCUGGCAGCACUGGACUCAGGGCCAGGGGUGCAAACCUGGAGAUGCAUCUCCAAGCAUUGCUGGUACUCCGACAGCUCUGCAGGUUAAAGGAUUGAGGUCUGAAGAGAGUUCCAAGCCUGAGGAAGCUCAUAGCCCUGGACCUGUCGGGAAUACUGAUCCUGAAGCAACAGAGACCGGGCUGCCCAAGCUGGGGCAGCAAGCAGAGAGCCCUGGGUACAGCUGUUACAGGCUGGAGGAAGAGGAGGCACAGGCUUAUAAGGCCAAGUUCAACAUAGGCUUCGGGGACAGGCCUAAUCUGGAGCUGCUAAGGGCCCUGGGAGAACUGCAGCAGCGCUGUACCAUCCUGAAGGAGGAAAACCAGAUGCUGAGAAAAAGCAGCUUCCCAGAGACGGAGGAGAAGGUACGGAGGCUGAAGCGGAAGAAUGCUGAACUGGCAGUCAUUGCCAAGCGCCUGGAGGAGAGGGCACAGAAGCUGCAGGAAACGAACAUGAGGGUGGUGAGUGCCCCUGUGCCCCGACCCGGAUCCAGUUUGGAGUUGUGCCGUAAGGCUCUAGCUCGCCAGCGAGCCCGAGACCUCAGUGAGACAGCCAGUGCACUGUUGGCCAAGGACAAACAGAUUGCUGCCUUGCAGCGGGAGUGCAGAGAGCUGCAGGCCAGACUCUCUCUGGUGGGCAAGGAAGGUCCCCAGUGGCUGCAUAUGCGGGACUUCGACCGGUUGCUGCGCGAGUCCCAACGGGAGGUGCUGCGGCUGCAGAGGCAGAUCGCCCUGCGCAACCAGCGGGAGCCGCUCCGGCCUGCCCGGUCCCCGGGUCCUACUGCCCCCUCUAGAGUAGGGGCGCCGGCCCCCGGGGCCCCGGGAGAGGCUGUACUUCAGGAUGAUGUGGAGAGCCCACAGGUAGUCCUAAGGGAACCAGAGAAGCAGCAAAGGGUACAGCAUCUGGAGUCUGAGCUCUGCAAGAAGCGAAAGAAAUGUGAGAGUCUGGAGCAGGAAGCCAGGAAAAAGCAGAGGCGAUGUGAGGAGCUAGAGCUACAACUGAGGGCAGCCCAGAAUGAAAAUGCCCGCCUGGUGGAGGAGAACUCUCGGCUCAGUGGGAGAGCCACAGAGAAGGAGCAGGUGGAAUGGGAGAAUUCGGAGCUGAAGGGACAGCUCCUGGGGGUGACACAGGAGAGGGACUCAGCCCUUCUUAAGAGCCAGGGCCUGCAAAGCAAGCUGGAGAGCCUGGAGCAGGUGCUGAAGCAUAUGCGGGAGGUGGCCCAGCGGCGGCAGCAGCUGGAGGUGGAGCAUGAGCAGGCUAGGCUCAGCCUGCAGGAGAAGCAGGAGGAGGUCCGGAGGCUGCAGCAGGCCCAGGCAGAAGCCAAGAGGGAACAUGAGGGAGCCGUUCAGCUGCUGGAGUCUACCUUGGAUUCCAUGCAGGCCCGGGUUCGAGAGCUUGAGGGCCAGUGCCGAAGCCAGACUGAGCGCUUCAGCCUUCUGGCGCAGGAGCUCCAGGCCUUCCGUCUGCACCCAGGCCCUCUGGAUCUGCUUACUUCAGCCUUGGGCUGUAAUGCCCUUGGGGACCACCCGCCCCCCCACUGCUGCUGCUCUAUCCCUCAGCCCUGCCAGGGGUCCGGCCCCAAAGAUCUCGACCUCCCACCGGGCUCCCCAGGACGCUGCACCCCCAAAUCUUCUGAACCUGCUCUCACCACCCUUACUGGAGUCCCUCGAAGGACAGCUAAGAAGGCCGAGUCUCUUUCUAAUUCUUCUCGCUCAGAGUCCAUCCACAACAGCCCCAAGUCAUGUCCCACACCAGAGGUGGACACAGCCAGUGAGGUGGAGGAACUGGAGGUAGACAGUGUUUCCCUGCUCCCAGCAGCUCCGGAGAGUCACUCGGGAGGAGCCAGAAUCCAGGUCUUCCUAGCACGCUAUAGCUACAACCCCUUUGAGGGUCCCAAUGAGAAUCCAGAGGCCGAGCUUCCUCUGACAGCGGGCGAGUAUAUCUACAUCUAUGGUAACAUGGACGAGGAUGGCUUUUUUGAAGGGGAGCUCAUGGAUGGCCGAAGGGGCCUGGUCCCUUCCAACUUUGUAGAGCGCGUGUCUGAUGAUGACCUUCUGUCCACCCUCCCUCGGGAGCUGGCUGAUUCGUCGCACAGCUCAGGCCCCGAGCUCAGUUUCCUGAGUGGAGGCGGGGGUGGUUGCAGUAGUGGGGGCCAGAGCAGCGGGGGACGUAGCCAGCCCAGACCAGAGGAGGAGGCCGCAGGAGAUGAACUCAGUCUGAGCCCCCCACCAGAGGGACUGGGCGAGCCUCUGGCUGUGCCUUACCCCCGACACAUCACAGUUCUCAAGCAGUUAGCCCACAGUGUGGUGCUGGCCUGGGAGUUGCCUCCUGAGAGAGUAGAUCUGCGUGGCUUCCAUAUCUUUGUCAAUGGGGAACUUCGUCAGGCCUUGGGGCCUGGGGUGCCCCCCAAAGCUGUGCUUGAAAACAUGGACCUGCGGACUGGGCCUCUCCAUGUGUCUGUCCAGGCCCUAACCGGCAAGGGCAGCUCAGACCCUCUGCGCUGUUGCCUGGCUGUGGGUGCCGGGGCUGGGGUGGUACCCAGCCAGCUGCGGAUCCAUCGGUUGACAGCCACAUCUGCUGAGAUCGCCUGGGUGCCGGGGAAUAGCAACUUGGCCCAUGCCAUCUACCUCAACGGAGAAGAGUGCCCACCUGCUCGCCCCAGCACCUAUUGGGCAACCUUUUGUAACCUGAGACCUGGCACACUCUAUCAGGCCCGAGUGGAGGCUCAGAUCCCAUCUCAGGGGUCUUGGGAACCAGGCUGGGAGAGGCCAGAGCAGAGAGCUGCUACCUUGCAGUUCACCACACUUCCAGCAGGUCUGCCUGAUGCCCCACUGGAUGUGCAGGCUGAACCAGGGCCCUCUCCUGGAAUCUUGAUGAUCAGUUGGCUCCCUGUCACGAUUGAUGCUGCUGGCACCUCCAAUGGCGUCCGGGUUACAGGCUAUGCCAUCUAUGCUGAUGGGCAGAAGAUUAUGGAGGUGGCUUCCCCCACAGCAGGCAGUGUGCUGGUGGAGGUGUCCCAGCUGCAGCUGUUGCAGGCCUGCCAUGAGGUGACUGUACGCACUAUGUCACCCCAUGGCGAGUCCAGUGACUCCAUCCCGGCCCCCGUUGCCCCAGCCCUGGCUUCUGCCUGCCAGCCAGCCGGGAUGUCCUGUCUCUCACCACGGCCAAGCCCAGAGGUCAGAACACCCCUUGCUUCAGUCUCCCCAGGGCUUGGGGAUAGCAGCUUUCCCCUCCGGCAUCCUGUCCCCCACGGAACUCAAGAUUUCCCUGCAAGUCUUUCCAUAGAGAUGGCCAAAGGACCCCGGGAGGAACUGCCAGCCCCUUGCUCUCAGGAAGAGGCUGGGGCAGCUGUGCGGAGCAUCUCAGGAGAGAAGAGGGCUAUCGAGCCAACUCUGGGUCAGGAAGGCCCUGACCCUGUGGCUCCUUCCUUGGCUAAGCAGGAAGUGGAGUGCACUUCAGGAGAUGCUGGCCCUAUACCUUGCUCCAGCCAAGGAGAGCUGACCCAGAAGGAGCCAAGUAUUGAAGCCUGCCAUGGGGGAGAUCUGGACUCCGGGCUGAAACUUAGAUCUGAGAAAGAAGAUAUGUCAGAGCUUGGAGUUCGCCUGGUGAAUUCCCUCGUGGAUCACAGCCGCAACUCAGACUUAUCAGACAUCCAGGAAGAAGAGGAAGAGGAGGAAGAAGAGGAAGAGGAACUGGGUUCCAGGCCUUGUUCCUCCCAGAAGCAGGUUGCUGGCAACAGCAUCAGGGAGAAUGGAGCCAAGCCCCAGCCAGACCCCUUUUGUGAGACUGACAGCGACGAGGAGAUCUUGGAGCAGAUACUGGAGUUGCCUCUCCAGCGGCUCUGCAGCAAGAAGCUGUUCAGCAUCCCCGAGGAGGAAGAGGAGGAGGAAGAGGAGGAAGGGCUGGAGAAACCAGGGCCCAGCUGCUCUUCCCAAGACCCUAGCCAGCCUGAACUUGCAUUGCUAGGGCCGGGCUGUGAUAGCAGUCAGCCCCAGGGACCUGGCCUGUGUCCCUUGUCUCCUGAGCUCUCCGGGGUCAGGGAGCACCUGGAGGAUGUGCUGGGAGUCGUUGGUGGAAACAACCGGAGGAGAGGAGGUGGCUCUCCGGAGAAACUCCCAAACCGCAAGCGACCUCAGGACCCCCGAGAACACUGCAGCCGGCUUCUUGGCAAUGGCGGGCCCCAGACCUCUGCACGGCCGGUCCCUCCACGGGAGAGGGGCAGCCUCCCUGUGAUUGAGGGCACCAGGGUUGGACAGGAGCCCGGUGGGAGAGGGCGGCCGGGUCUUUCCCGGAGGUGUCCCCGUGGCCCUGCUCCAGAAUCCAGCUUAGUCAGCUGCCUCUCUCCAAAGUGUUUGGAGAUCAGCAUUGAAUAUGAUUCUGAGGAUGAGCAGGAGGCGGGCAGCGCGGGUGUCAGCAUCAACAGCUCCUGCUACCCCACAGAUGGGGAGGCCUGGGGCACAGCGGCAGUAGGAAGGCCCAGGGGACCUCCGAAAGUCAAUCCAGGCCCCAACGCCUACCUGCGCCUCCCAGCCUGGGAGAAAGGGGAACCAGAGCGGAGAGGCCGCAGUGCGAUUGGCAGAACCAAGGAGCCACCCUCCCGGGCAACAGAAACUGGGGAGUCCAGAGGGCAGGACAACUCUGGGCGGAGAGGACCCCAGAGGAGAGGGGCCCGGGUGCCUAGGUCUGGUACCACUGAGCUGGCCCUCUCCACAGCCCCUCCAAGGAUCCCCCAAGAAGCACCACCUCACCAGGACCUACCUGUGAGGGUCUUUGUGGCUCUGUUUGACUAUGACCCUGUAUCAAUGUCACCGAACCCUGAUGCUGGAGAAGAGGAACUGCCCUUUAGGGAGGGCCAACUCCUCAAGGUGUUUGGAGACAAAGACGCUGAUGGUUUCUACCGGGGCGAGAGUGGGGGCCGUACAGGCUACAUCCCCUGCAACAUGGUGGCUGAGGUGGCUGUGGACAGUCCAGCAGGGAGACAACAGCUGCUCCAGCGGGGUUUUUUGCCCCCAAAUGUUCUCACCGAGGCCUCGGGAAAUGGUCCCUCUGUAUACUCCUCAGCACACAACACACCCGGGCCUCCCCCCAAGCCUCGUCGGUCCAAGAAAGUGGAGCUGGAAGGUCCUACACAGCUCUGUCCAGGUCCUCCUAAGCUGAUUCAUUCUGCUGCCCAGAAAACCUCCCGACCUAUGGUGGCCGCAUUUGACUAUAAUCCUCGGGAGAACUCCCCCAAUAUGGAUGUGGAGGCAGAGCUGCCCUUCAGAGCAGGGGAUGUCAUUACUGUGUUUGGGAACAUGGACGAUGAUGGUUUCUACUAUGGGGAGCUGAAUGGACAAAGGGGCCUGGUUCCAUCCAACUUCCUGGAAGGCCCUGGGCCUGAGGCAGGCAGCCUAGAGUCUGGGACAUCUCAAGCCGAGAGUCAGAGAACGAGAAGGAGAAGAGUCCAGUGCUAGAUGGAGCUAGUGUAGAGAGAGCAACAUGACCCCAGAAUCACUGUACAAGGGCCUCCAGUGCCCCCAGGCUGGCACUGUGCCCUCAGCUCUGGAAGUUCCUCCAGGACCAAACUGGGAGAGUCGCAGAGCAUAGCUGAGAAGAAGCAGGGUCUCCUCGCCAAAGCAAAGGAACUUCUCAAAAGGCUGGGCUCCAGAAAAGACUGAGGCUGCUGUCUGUCCUGCAGACAGAAGUGGCCCUGGAAGUGCCAGAUCAACUCACUGGCUGGACAGGGAAACCCAACUCCUGAUCUCUGAGCAGACUGGCACUCAAAGGAACCCAGGGGACCUGGUGAGGGUGGGGUUACAUGCAUCCUUAGUGAGGAGUCCUCUAGAUGGGCUCUUCCAGGAGGGAACUGAGCCCCGGAGUAAGUAAUCAAGCACCAAGCACUGUCAGAUCAGGACUGGACCCACUCCUCUGGAUUCCCAGUCUGUUCUCAUCUAGUCCUGCUUUGCUACCAUGCUCUAUAGGUCCCUUCUUGGCCUUCCCUGCUCCAAGGAUAGGCCCUGGGUGGAGACAGGGACCACUCUAACGAUGGCUCUGGCUGUCCUCCCGAUGGAUCGUUUGCACUGGACUGUCCCCUGGGGCGGGGACAGAGCCGUGUACAUACUCAGUGUAUAUAUGUCCAUACUCAGUGCAUAUAUGUACAUACUCAGUGUAUAUAUGUACAUACUCAGUGCCUCAGUCCAGGUCCUCCCUCUGCUUCACUGCACAGGCCAGGGGAGGAGAAAGGCCAUGCCAAAGCGGGCCUGACCCCGCCCCAUAGUGCUCCACCCCUCCCUGCCCAGGCCACCUGGCCUCUGUGUGAUCCCAUCCUCCCAGACCCAGGGGACCAGGGGGCGGAAAGCGGGAGUCGGGUUUGCCUUAUUUUGCUCAUUGGAUUCAACUUCUCUCUUGCAUCAUUUUCUUCCAGUCCCUGUUGGGUCCAGGGGCUGAGGGAAAGGACGGAUUUAUGCAGCUAUUUUCAUACAUUCCCUGUUCAGAGUGGGUAGGGGUGUCUCCCCUCACUCUAACCAUCCCAUCCUUCACCCCUUGUCUGGGCGAGUCUCUUUGCAUGUUUUCUUCGCUGUGGUGGGAGAUGUUUGAUUGAGCCCUCGCCCCCUACCCUGGUCUCCAGGGGUGUGGGAUAGUGGGGGGC